CCCCCCUUCCGUCCCCCACAGCAUCAAUUGACCUUCCGCCGCCUUUGUUCCACCCAAGCACGCGCGCCACCUCGGAGGUAUCGCCCACGUCCUCGCCCGCCCCACUGACCUGACCUGGCGUGGAGUCGAGAUCUGUCCGUACCCGGGCUCGGAUUGAUUUUCCCUCGAAAUUGAUGAAGCGAUUGGACGAAUCGAGCGGAUCGCCGAGUGUUUGAUGCGUGCGAUCGAGGGCUCGUGCAGAGAUGGACGUGGUGGGGAUGGUGGGCCGCGGGGUGGGGCGUGUCCUCUCGCAGGGCAUGUACUCCGUUGCCACGCCCUUCCACCCUUUCGGCGGCGCCGUCGACAUCAUCGUCGUUGAGCAGCCCGACGGCUCCUACCGCAGCACGCCCUGGUAUGUCCGCUUUGGCAAGUUCCAGGGUGUUCUCAAGCGUAACGAGAAGGUCGUCACCAUCGCCGUCAAUGGCGUGGACGCCAGCUUCCACAUGCUGCUCGACAACUCUGGCCAGGCAUACUUCAUGCGGGAGCUCGUGCCUGGUGGUGAGGACUCGGAGACCGCUGCAGAAGAAGCUACGAGCGAGCCUGAAACUCCUCUGCGUAGUAAGAGUGACGGGGAACUUUACAGCCAGUUGGUCGGCCCAGAGUUGAAUGAGGAUCAGGAGGUACAAAAUGGAGAGGAGUUUGAUUCAUAUGGCUAUUCCAAGUUGGAGGAGGCAGAGGAUUUGGCAAAUCAAGCUGGUGGGGGUGGGGGCAAUUCAGAGAUGCUUUUGGUUAGUGUGAACGGGUGUGUUCUAACUGCUCCCAUUUCUUCAACUGAGGAGAAUAUGGAGGAUGUGCAACUAAGUGACCCCCAGUUCCAUUUGGGGCCUGGGGAGAGCUCGAGCGGCGAUCUCAGCCGCGGUGGCGAGGUGUGGGAAUCUGGCAUUUUGGAUGGUUUAUACAUAUCACAGGAAAAGGUUAAGUUUGAUUCUGAACAUCCAUCAGAGGCUUUGGAGGAGCUUCGGGAGGUGUCAAUUUUGAAGGAUGGGUCACAUGACAUCCCAGUUAAUGAACAUGAAAGCCUCCAUGUCUCUGUUAAUGAAGGCCAGACCUGUGUUGCAUUGACCAAUGCUCUUGAUGUGUCGGUGAACAAUGAUGAUGCUUAUCAACCAUUGACCAAUGAAGACAAGACUUGUGACAUUCCACUGGUUCAGAGCAACUGUGUUGCAUUGACCAAUGAAGAUGAGGUUCAGAGUGUGUCACGAUCAGAGAACAACGGUCUGAAUUAUCAACCUUUGGUCAUGGAAGAUGGAGUUCAUGAAGUUUCAGGGAACAAUGGUGAGGGCUAUCAACCCUUUCCCAAUAAAGAUGAAGCCCUUGAUGUGUCGGUGAACAAUGAUGAUGCUUAUCAACCAUUGACCAAUGAAGAUGAGACUUGUGAUAUUCCACUGGUUCAGAGCAACGAGGCCUGCAAGUCCCCAUCCAUGGCAGGCAAGGUUUGUGAUGCCAACAAUGAGAUUAUUGAGGAUGAGGUGAAGGGUUUAUCACAGUCAGGGAACAAUGGUCCGGAUUAUCAAACGCUGAAUGUGGAAGAUGAGGCUAAUGAUAUUUCAGGGAGCAACGCUGAGGUUGAUCCAAUCUUGCCCAAUAAAGAAGAGUCCCUUGAUAUCUUGGAGAACAAUGAUGAGGGUUCUCAACCAUUGACCAAUGAAGAUGAGACUUCUGAUAUUCCACUGGUUCAGAACAAUGAGGCCUGCAAGUCCCCAUCCAAGGCAGGCAAGGUUUGUGAUGCCAACAAUGAGAUUAUUGAGGAUGAGGUUCAGGGUUUAUCACAGUCAGGGAACAAUGGUCCGAAUUAUCAAAUGCUGAAUGUGGAAGAUGAGGCUAAUGAUAUUUCAGGGAGCAACGCUGAGGUUGAUCCACUCUUGCCCAAUAAAGAAGUGUCCCUUGAUAUCUUGGAGAACAAUGAUGAGGGUUCUCAACCCUUGACCAAUGAAGAUGAGGUUCAGAAUGAUGAGGCAUGCGAAUCCCCAUCUAAGUCCGACGAAAUUUGUGAUGAAAGCAAUGAGAAUAUUCAGGCUAGUUUUAGCAGAUUUGAUACUUUCAGAAGUUGCUUGGAUUUGACAUCACAAGAUGAUGGAGAUUCAGGAACUGAACUCUUUUCACCUGAAUUUGAUCACCAGAGGGAUUCUGAGCUUAGUCUGAGUAUCCGUUCCGAUAUUGACAUAGAUCUGGGAGAAGAUCGAAGUGAAACUGCGCACUGUGAUCAAUCCAAUCAAUUAAAGCAUAUAGAGGAAGUGGAUGUUUCGUCAGUUACUUCAGAUGAUAAUAUAACACGCAGCGAAGACUGCUCUCCUGUCUAUGGCAAGGCAGCUGACUUGUCCUGUGAAGGGGGUUCUGAUGAAAGGAGGAAAGAUACCACCCCUUCUAAUAUUGGAGCUUGUAAAUCUGAUCGCUUGCGAAUGUCCCCAAGCAGUGACAGAGACAAAUUAGGAAGCAUUCCGGAGAACCCAACUGCUGAAGAGGAAAUAAAUAAAGAAGAGCACCCCCAAUUACAGAAGGGUUUGGGCUUUGAGAUUUCUCUGUGUGGGCACUUGCUACGGCCAGGAAUGGGCCAAACAUCUGCUGAUGAGGUGUUCCAACAACAUCUUGUCCCUGAGGAGGAUUUCAAAUUGUCUGGACCAUCAAUAAUAAAAAAUGCAAACCUUAUUGUCAGAAUUGGCUGUAACUAUUUCACAUGGAGUAAAGUUUCUCAUGUUGUUCUUGGGAAGGCUGUAUUUGGUCCAGACUUCUGUGUAGAACCUAUCGAUGCUAUUCCAGUUGAACGCCAAGAAACACCCAAUUCGAGAGAUGAUUCUCUUGGGUUGUCCCCAAGCCGGAGAUGGAGGCUGUGGCCUAUUCCAUUUAGGAUAUCAAGAUCUCUUCAACGCAGUAAUAGUGAUUCUUCUGAGGAUAUUUUUCUUGACACAGAGACAGUCUUAAGUCCUAUGGAUGAGCAAGCCCCAGCCAACAAUAAAGACCAGUCACCAAGAAAGCAAUUUGUGCGGACUUUAAUUCCCACUAGCGAACAGGUGGCAUCUCUAAAUCUUAAGGAGGGACAAAACAUUGUCACCUUUAGCUUCUGCACCAGAGUUUUUGGGAAGCAGCAGGUUGAUGCACAUAUCUACGUGUGGAAAUGGAAUGCAAAAAUUGUUAUAUCCGACGUGGAUGGAACCAUCACAAGGUCUGAUGUCUUGGGCCAGGUCAUGCCUUUAGUCGGACGAGAUUGGAGUCAGUCUGGUGUUGCUCGACUCUUUUCUGCAAUAAAGGAAAAUGGUUAUCAACUGAUAUUCCUUAGCGCUAGAGCCAUUGUCCAGGCAUAUCUGACAAAAAACUUCCUCUUCAAUCUAAAACAGGAUGGGAAAGUAAUGCCUAAUGGACCUGUUGUAAUUUCGCCCGAUGGAUUGUUCCCUUCGCUCUACCGAGAAGUUAUACGAAGAGCACCACAUGAGUUCAAGAUUGCCUGUCUGGAGGACAUUAAAGCACUUUUUCCUUCCGACUACAAUCCAUUUUAUGCUGGAUUUGGCAACAGAGACACUGACGAGCUUACAUACAAAAAGAUGGGAAUUUCGAAAGGCAAGAUUUUUAUCAUCAACCCCAAGGGUGAAGUGGCCAUCAAUAGUUCAGUUGAUGUGAAGUCCUAUACCUCCUUGCAUACCCUUGUCAAUGACAUGUUCCCUCCAACAACUUUGGUUGAGCAGGAAGACUACAACUCCUGGAAUUAUUGGAAGGUGCCGCUGCCAGACAUUGAUUUGUAGAGUAGUUUUGACAAGUACAGCAGUAGACGCAAGUAGAGUCUGCGGACAGCAUGACCGGCAAGCUCGUGUAUGCUAGUUCUCAAUCGCCACAGCAGAAUUCUGCCCAACCUGUAAAGCAUCUGGUGAGUUUUCCAGAUGGACUGUUUUGAUCGCCGUUGUUGCAGAAGCUCGAUUUUCCUUGCCCCGACGCAGCUCUAUCACGAUCAUUCAUCUUUUAGGUAGUGAUCUGAUCGUCAUAGCCGUCGUUGAAACUUAUCGCUGCUGUGCCGGCAUCUCAAUUCGCAACGAGGUAGCCCGCCGAGCCUGUUAGUAAUCUGUUAUCAGCAGCUGCUAGCCUGUGUUGCUUUCCGUGUUCUCGUAGCUCUAGGCUGUGAUGUAGCUCAUCUGUCAGUUAGAUUACUCGUGGUACAUUACUGGAAAGCAACAGGGAACAGAAAACUGUCUAUCACGCUGUAUGUUGUUGUAUAUGGGAUAUAAAUACGACUGCAUUUUUCUGUAAACGUCGCAUGUGCAUGAAGGUGA